AUGCACGAAAAGGUGUACGAUGACAUCACCUCGCGGGACAACUCCAGCGCUCCGGCCUGUGACCUUUACGUCAGCGGAGCUCCUUGCCCAGCAUUUUCAAGCGCUGGUCGCCAGCAGUCGCUAGGAGAUGUUCGGGGCUGCGUUUUGAUACACAGCCUCGAUUACGUCGUGGAAAAGAGGCCACGGCUCGCAGUGUUUGAAAAUGUGCGGGGGCUUAGCGGCCCGAAAUGCAAAGCGGUGCUGGAUGCGGUGGUGAAGAUUCUGCGCCUCUGCAAUUACUCCGUACGGGCCCAGGUCCUCGACACGAAGGUCCAUGGGGGAAUCCCGCACAGCAGGCCAAGGCUGUACCUCGUGGCCGUCUCAAAGGCAUGGGCAGUGAAAGAGGAGAUGCGGCGUGUCUUUCCUGAUCCUAUCACUUGCCCUUCGCUCAGCCGCUUCAUCAUCAACAACGUGCAGCAGAAGCGGGAUGUCACAGACUUGGCCCUGAAGAACAUCAAAGCUGCCAAGGCAUUUGCUGAAGCGAAGGGCUGGGAUGUGAAGAGGCAGAUCGUGUGCGACGGUGGGGCCACAGAAAUGUUUCGGUGUGUCAUGCUGGAGUGCAGCCCAUGCUUGACAAAGUCCAGGGCAUCGUCAAAUGGACAUUUCCUAGUGACGCUGAAUCGAUGGAUGAACAUCUGGGAAAUGGCUGCGCUGCAGGGAUGGCCAAAAGUGCUGGUGGAUGAGGUCCUGCAGUCGUUUCCUGCCAGACAAAUGGGCGCGACCAUUGGCGACGGAAUGUCGCUGAGCAUUUUGCAGCGGAUGCUCCCUCGGGCGAUGCUGGCCUCCCAGCUCAUCAGUAAGCUUCCACAUGACAUUUGGGCUGAUUCCGCCAAGGUGAAAGGCCAUUUGCCAGAUGCAGUGUACGGUUUGGUUUCACCCGGACAUGAACAAGGCGCUCUGUGGCGAUGA